AUGCUGGAAGUUAGGCAUCCGCCAGGGACAUUACCUGAUUAUUUACAACAGAAAGAAGUGGAAGAAGAACAGCGUCAAUGGGCGGUGAAGGAGCUUCGAAGAAGGCGGCUGGAAGCGCAAAUGGAAGACGAGCGCUACGAGCGAGAAACAGAUGCCGACGACAACAGCGACGCCGACAACGAGAACAAUGAUGACGACGACGACUACGAUGAUGACGAGGAUGCCGACGACAACGACGUCGACGACGAGAACGACGACGACACCGAUGACGAUGGAGAAGACGAACGCUCCGUGAUUAUUUCGGAAACGGAAGAUUCCAUUGUAGAAAUAUCGGAGGGAGAAGGUUAG